AUGUUUGCAACGCUAAACUUUGUUGUCCGUCUUUCUCCUGUCCAACUAGCACUGAUUACGAUUUCGAUAAUUGCUGAGUGGUCAACGCCAAUGAACAAAGACAACUUACUAAAAAAAUUACUACAACCACGUGAUGGAUCGCGAGUAAUCCUGCGUAAAUUUGCCAAAAACAUAUGUAUAUGUAUGCAUCUGAAUGGGACAGUUUAUACAGAGCGUAUAAUUAACCAGACACUAACUGAUAACUGUGAAUGGCACCUCAGAGCAUCAAGGCAUGGAAUAGGCUUUGAACGCCGACUAACUGAAGAUGACAUCACCGACGAAUCUCAAAAACACUUCCUUUCUAAUCCAUUUACUAACUCAACAGUCUAUGAUGGAACGUCUCCAACGUUAAAUGUAAUUGAUGAGAAAUCCUAUAUAUUAGCUUCCGGUUGGACUCAUCAACUGUGGCAACCUGAAGCGACGUGGCAAGUUUAUGGAUUCCAGCCAAAAGGAUUACUAGCUGUUAUUGAAAAACAAAGAAACUCCUCAAGUUUCCAACGUUUCGUUUCAAUGCAUAAAGAAGGUUCCAAUCAGUCGGACGUAAAUAGCACCUCAACAAUAUCCCCAUCAUCCUCAAGUAAUACUGUGAAAAUAGGUUCACAAGAAAUGUUAGUUUUAGAAGCGCCUGCCUAUCACUUCAACACACUGCAUCACAAAGCAAAACUUAAGCACUGUAGCAUGCUGAAAAAUAAACUUGCAAAACUCGUACAAACGGAAUUGCUUAUGAGUUUACAAAUCCUAGAUAAAUAUAGACAAGCAUUUCGGGAUUUCAAACUUCUUAUUAACAAACAUUCAAUGACUAAUCAUAAGUAUAAUAUUAAUAAGGUAACAUCAAAUACUCUAGCGGAACUGCUAGAUCAGUGGUUGAUGCUCCUGGACUAUAAAUGGCGCCAGACAAUUAGAUUAACCUACAAAACAGAUUCAAUGUCCAAUUACCAAGUGGACAAUUGUUCGUUGAGUUUCAAAUCAUCGUUCGAGAUAAACACUGUUGGUAAUGAUAGUGAUGAUAGAAUACUAGUUAAAUUUUAUGAAACACAACUGAAAACAAAGAUAUAUUAUGAUCUAUUUGAAAUUGUACAGGAUAUAGUCCAGUGGACUGGCGAACAAAAACGGCAUUGGCUACAGAACCCACGGGUUAUGAAAUUAUUUCAUUAUUUACAUAUCAAAUGUCCAUCGCCAAAACAGUUGAGGCAAGCCUCAUUCAUAUUAAGACAAUAUCUACCAAAUUACUCACCAGAAGUCAUUCAUUCCAAGAAUAAUUUUCAUUUUGGUCUCAUGGGUAACUUGGAGCCAGCAACAUUUAAAAAGCUCUUAGCACAUGACAUUAAAUUAGCUAACAAACUAAUUGACCGGGCUGUUUAUAUGAAAUUUGAAGAGUAUUAUUUUUGGCCGAUAUUACGACAUGUAAAUACGAAAGCGAUCGUAGAACACUCGAUUUUCUUUGAAAAUGAUGUGCGCAAUGAAAUCAAACAAAUGCCUUCGAAUAGCAUGUGCUACAGGUUAUUUAUGAGGAGCUGGAAAUUUUAUAGAGAAAAUGAUUCACCUAGAUCAUGUUUAAAAUAAUACCACUUCCUAAAUUUACAAUUACAAUUAUGUCAAACUACUACAUAGUAGUAUAAAUCUCUUCACUAAAGUUAUAGAUUUUUAUUUGGUUGUUCACUGUUUUCGCAAGUAUCAUUUUCACAGUAUUUAACCCACUUAAUAAAUUUCAAUCAGUUGCUGUUUUUAAAAAUUUAAGAAUGAACUGUGAUGCAUUUAAAACCAUGAUCAUUUUUAUUGUGUUUAAUAUUACUACUAUUACGACCACCAUCAGGACUAUUGAUAUAAUGUUGGACAAGGACGUUUACAACUGAUACUCUAUUCACAUAUACACACUAUCUUCGUAUUCAAUUUCAUUUGUACACAAGUACUAUUUCGUCAGUAAUGUUUGAGUUGAACACUAACUAAAUGUAAGUGGUCAUUAAGUUUAAUUGUGAAUGACCGUGAUGAACAAGUCAACAUUACAAGAUUAUUCUAAAGUGAAAGAAAAUAACAUAUGUAUGUGCACAUUCUUUUGUAUAUAUUAUACAUACAUACAUCUGCAAAUUAUCUAAAUACAUAUUUGUAAUGUUAGUAUUUAAAAUAUUCUCUUUUGCAAUUGUUCAAUGAAUACUUUAUAAUGCUAUAUUCAUAAUGAUAUUAUGAAUCUAAAAAGAAAUAGGAAUAUAAAUCCAAAUGGAUAUCCAAAAUUUCCCACCUGAUCGUUGUGUGUUUUUGUUCUAAUUGCCUUCAUUUUUUACCACAACUACUAUCCUUUGAUUAUGUUUGUAAUACGCAAUUAUACAUAAACACACACGUAUACUAAUACACACGCAGACAGAUACAAACGAAUAAGUACACUUACACUUAUUGUAUACACUUAUGAAUUACCAAUGUUCCUUUUUCUUAUUGUUAAUAAUAAGUGAGAACAAAAACAUUUGAUGGAUAAAAAAUUAUUGGACUUUUUGAUGAACACCAGAUUAUUGAACACUUAUUUAGAACCUUUUUGUCUGAAAAGUUGUUCAUGAUAUACAUUCAUGGCUACCUAAAUUUUAGUGGUGAUAAAUUCUGUAUGUUAGACAACUUAGUAAGAUUUCAUUAUCAUCGUGGACAAUAAUAUCAGUGUCAUGUUCUUCGGUUACCCAACCACACACAUACAUACAUACUCUCCAUAUCAACCCCAGUCUGGUAUAAGAGUGAGAAGACUAGAAAUGUGUGGGAAGCUCUAGCUGACGACCGAAUCAAAGUGUACACGACUAAUACGUACGCACAUGCGUAUGUCUCCUUCCA